UGUAGAUAGGAACAUUUUCAGUGCGGCUAUACAACAGUUAUUACGACCGAAACCUGCAGACAGCAUGGCUGCCUCCAUAAAGAGCGCUACGCUGAAACUGAAAGCUCCUUUGUUGAAACUGUGUGCAUUCUACAUGUUGUCAAAAAAGAUUCCCACUCUACAAAGACUCCUAGCUCAGGUCUACAGACGUGCCAGUCACCUUGCUCGACAGCGGUAUGAUGUCAUUGUUGUGGGAGGGGGUCAUGCUGGGACCGAGGCGGCAGCAGCAGCAGCCAGAGUGGGAGCAGAGACACUUCUGGUCACACAGAAAAUACACACCAUCGGUGCUCUGUCCUGUAACCCAUCUCUGGGGGGAAUCGGAAAGGGUCACCUAGUGAAAGAGGUAGACGCUCUGGAUGGUUUGUGUGGACGGGCGGGGGAUUGGGCAGGAAUUCAUUUCUCCAUCCUGAAUCGUAGUAAAGGCCCUGCCGUGUGGGGCCCGAGGGCCCAGCUAGACCGUCAACGCUACAGAGAAUUUAUCCAGGCAGAGCUGCUGUCGACUCCCAGGCUGACUGUGGUGGAGGGUUCAGUGGAGGAGCUGCUCAUAUCAGAGGCAAACCCAGAGGAGCCGGGACAGCACAGAGUCACUGGAAUACGUCUAGCAAACGGGAGCCAUUCGAUUACAGCUACCUCUGUGGUUCUCACAACGGGCACUUUCUUGUCGGGCUCCCUCUUCAUGGGCCAAACCAUGUCCCCAGGGGGUCGUAUUGGAGACCCUCCAUCAAGUGCCGGGCUGUCACAGACUCUGAGGGAGAGACUCGGGCUGAGGGUUGGCCGGCUGAGGACAGGGACCCCUCCCAGGAUUGUAAAAGAUUCAGUGGAUCUUUCUCUGGCUAAAGUUCACCCUCCUGACCCGCAGCCAACUCCAUUCAGCUUCCUUAACACACAGAUACGCUGCAGGCCCGAGGAGCAGCUGCCCUGCUACCUGACAUACACAACACCUGGAGUAGAGAAAGUUGUGAAGGAGAGUGUUCAUCUAAACUGUCAUAUACAGCAAGACACCAAGGGCCCCAGAUAUUGCCCAUCUAUUGAGUCUCGAGUGCUUCGCUUCCCUGGCCGAGAGCAUCAAGUGUGGCUGGAGCCUGAGGGGCUGACCUCUGACCUUUUAUACCCUCAGGGUCUCUCCAUGACGAUGCCCCCCAACAUGCAGCUCCGACUCAUCAGAGAGAUCCCUCCCUUGCACAGAGCUGAGAUCCACACACCUGGUUAUGGUGUGCAGUACGACUUUGUGUGUCCCACUCAGCUGAGCCCAGCCCUGCAGGUGAAAAGCACCCAGGGUCUUUUUCUAGCAGGUCAGAUCAACGGGACGACAGGAUACGAGGAGGCGGCAGCACAGGGUCUGUGGGCAGGGGUGAAUGCAGCUCGUCGGGCUCUCUCCAUGCCUACAGUGUCGUUGUCUCGGACAGAGAGCUACAUUGGAGUUCUCAUAGAUGAUCUGGUGAGUUGCGGUGUCACAGAGCCGUACCGCAUGUUCACCAGCCGGGCUGAGUUCCGGACCUCGCUAAGACCGGACAACGCUGACCUUCGCCUCACUCUGAAAGGGUUCGAGGAGGUGGGUUGUGUGUCAUCCUUGCGUUACCAGGAGGCUGUGAGAGUGAAGAACUCUCUGCAGGGCGCUCUGUCAGCCCUGCAGGCUCUCGCUCUGUCAGCACCAAACUGGAAGAAAAAGCUCCCCGACGUCUGUCUGAGUGAGUCCAAGAGCUCCAUGAUGACUGGUCUAGAUUUGCUGCAGUACAAGGAUGUGAACUUUGAAAUGCUGGCUUCAGCCAUCCCAGAGUGCCUUUCUUCAUACAUGGAGUUCGCACAAAGACUCAAAAUCGAAGCUGUGUACCGACCUCACUGUGACCUUCAGAAGAAAGAGAUUGAGAGAAUUCAGAAGGAGGAGAACAUGAUUCUCCCCCAGGACUUGGACUAUUUCUCUCUGCCUGUUUCACUGUCACAGGAAGUACGAGAGAUUUUGGACAGAGUUCGACCCAGCACUCUUGGUGCUGCGACACGUUUACAAGGCAUAACUCCGGCUGCAAUUGUCCAUCUCCUUAACUACGUACACCACAUGAAACAGACGGAGAGAAGACUACACAGAAACAAACCAGACCAAAGAGAGGAGGAGCUGUGUCCAAGUACUGCAACUUUACCACAGUGAAAUGACUCAAACAAUGUUUGUUUGUUUU